UUUACCAAGGAAUACCUCCAGACCUUCGUGAUUAUCUACUGGAAACUCGUCUAAGAACUGGGACAAUUCAUGACUAGAGAUGAUCAUCAAGCAGUUGUCACUCGAAGCAAAGAUUGCAGCAUUAGCUGGGAUUGUCUGCUUUUCCAUGAUAGCAUCACGGACUUAUUUGGCUGAAAGGAUUGAGGUGAAGAGGUUAAGAUGGCUGCUCAAGUUGCAGAUGGUAUUCUUUGCUAAUACCUUGAUGCUCAUAGGAUCUGUUCAUAUAUGGAGAAACACAGUGACUAUGUUCUACAGAUCGCCAGCAGUUAACGCUUGCUGUUUCACCUUUUGGAAGGUAGCUGUGUUAAUGUUCCUGAUUCUGGCACACUCAAGCUCUUCUACAACGCUGUUUCUUGUGGCAGAAGAGCCUUAUUUCUUUUCUUUAGUAGCUUACACCUGUCUUGGAGGCUAUAUCAUCCUUAUUUUCUUCCUCUUCACCCUGGGUUCCUUGGAGCAAGGCUAUAAGCUUUUGGUCCACAGAAAUACAAAUUUGAACACUAUCAAUAAAAAUGGCAAACUGGCAAUGAAAAAAACAGUUCUAGCCAUUACAGUGACGGUUGCAUUGACUAUUCUUGGUCUCCUGAAUGCCUCCCAGCCUCCUGCAGUGAAAUCAGUUGAAAUUACUGUUCACAAACUGCCAUUGUCAAUGGACAAACUGAAGGUGGUAUUACUGUCUGAUAUUCAUCUAGGGCCCACUGUUGGAAAAAGCAAACUUGAAAUGAUCGUAAAGAUGGUUAAGGCUUUAAAACCAGAUAUCACUGUGAUUGUGGGUGACCUCACCGAUUCCGAUGUGAAGGACGUUGGGCCUGCUGUGGAACCUCUUGGCAAGCUGAACUCCUAUCUGGGAACAUACUUUGUGACUGGGAAUCAUGAGUAUUACACUUCCGAUGUCAACAGCUGGUUUGAGUUGUUGAAGUUGCUCAACGUUCAACCCCUCCACAAUGAGAACACAAAGAUUAUGUCCCCUGGGGGUAGAGAGAGCGACUGGUUUUGUUUGGCAGGAGUUGAUGAUAUUGAGGCGAAUGUGUUGCGCUAUUCUGGGCAUGGCAUGGAUUUAGAGAAGGCUUUAGGGGAUUGUGAUGUUGAUCACGCAAUAGUUCUCCUUGCUCAUCAGCCUCUUGCUGCAAAACGGGCUGUCCAAGCUCGGCCAGAUAUAAAUUUGGUCUUGUCUGGCCACACUCAUGGAGGCCAGAUAUUUCCUCUGAAUAUUAUUACCUAUUUCAUGAAUCCAUUCUUUGUUGGUUUGUAUAAAGUUGGACAAAGCACUUCUGUCUAUGUUAGCCCAGGGACGAUGUACUAUGGAAUACCAAUGAGACUGGGUAGCAGAGCAGAAAUAACAGAAAUCAUUCUGCACUGUUCUUGAUCGGUUUACACCGUUUUGUGUUUGAUUCCUCUUGGGCUGGUGUGGCUGAUCACUUUGUACACAAAAUCCAUACCCUGUGUAAUCACACU